AACGAGUGUAAACAAUAAACAAAACAUUGUGGAUUUUCGUCUCGUACGAUUAGGAUUAAUCUGUGGAAAGCUUUUAAAAUAAGUUGUUGGCAUUUAUUCGUUUUGAAUAAAACGAUGCGGUAUUAAGCUAGCUCCAGCUAGUGCUUCCUGUAUCCAAAUGUGUGUCUGUAAGGUAAGAGGCGAAAAGCUGUUUUAGAAAAAGGUUCAAGCCACGCAUGAAAGUCAAGUAAACAUAAGCUGCACAGGAUAGAAAAAGCAAUAAGCUAUCGAAAUGGUAACGAGUUGGAAAACCUGGUGCCGUCUGUGUGCGGAAGAAAAGGCUGUACUGAAGCUGGAAUCGGUCCAUGAUAUAAAUACGGUAAUCACAAGCAUGCUGGAUGUGGCGAUUGCUGAAAUAAAAGAUGUGCCGCUGAACAUAUGCGAAGAAUGUCUCAGUUUCGUGAACAAGCUGGAACACUUCAAAGAAAGAUGCCAGCAAACGAAUCGUCUGUUCGCGUACCUGUCGAAAUGUUCCGGGAUGGGUUAUCAAGCGAUAGAUUUAAAACAAACUCGCCGUACCUUUCUAGCGGACCUUAGUUUAGAAGACGUAGCAAAUCAGCUAUGCGACAAGCUAGUCACAGAUGCGAAAGAAUGUUCAAACGAUGAUCCGGAGCAAGCUGCUCAACACAUCGAAGAGAUUGAAAAGGAAGAGGAUGUAAAUGCGGAGGUGUUCUACCAAAUAGAAUCGCUGGGUGCUGCCUCGACUCAAACCGAGUUUGAGAACAAUGCCACCGAUACGGAGCAGUGGGAAAUGCUGGAUGUUGAAAUGGAUGACUACAGCAGUCAGUUGGAGGCAAACGAUGAAAAUGUUGAAGAUGAGUAUGAAAAAGAUUCAGAUUCCGAGCACUACGAACUCGAGAAAGCGAUAACACCUGGAGAAAACAGAACGCAGCACAGCGAUGAUAUGGCCGGAAACACUUCCAACGACGAGACUCUAACCAGUAAGCGAAAUAGAACACAGCUAUCCUCCAACAGGAGCGAGUCCCAAGAGGUGUUUCAAUGCCAAAUCUGUAUGAAAAAGUUUAAGUACAGCAGUUACCUGAAAAGGCAUGAAAUCAUCCAUUCAUCGAAAGAUCGAUUUACUUGUACCUUAUGUAACAAACCGUUUAAUAAGGCGCUAGACCUGAAAGCUCACAUCCUGCUGCAGCACGAAGGCGUGAAGUCGUUAAUUUGCGAUCAAUGCGGUAAACAGUUCAGCUCGAAGGGAUCGUUAAAGGAUCACUACGUCGUGCACACAGAGGAUAGGCCAUUCCAGUGUACGUACUGUUCGAAACAGUUUAAAAAUGCAGCACGGCUAAAGAUUCACGAAGAUACACAUAACAACACGCUGUACGUUUGUCCGCACUGUGGCCUAAAGCUGAACACCAAGCGCACACUGAACAUGCACAUGGUAGUGCACUCGGAUCAGAAGAAAUUCAAGUGCCAGGAGUGUGGCAACGAGUACAAACGGUCAAAGGCGCUCAAGGCACACCUUAUCUUGCACACGGGGCUCCGACCGUACCAAUGUCCGUUUUGUGAUAAAACCUUCGCCAAUGGGUCAAACUGUCGCAGUCACAAGAAGAAAUUUCAUCCACGAGAGUUGGCGGCGCUGGAAGCUGGCGGUGGUCAGAAACCUGCCGCCAACAUUCCUAAGCUGGAACAUCUACAGCGGAAGAGUCAAAGUGAUGGCGAAACCGUUGAGAUAACAAGAAAGCACAUUCGUUCAUCCGUUUGGCCAUCAAAUAGUGGCAACAGCAAAACGAAACAAAGGUUAGGAUUACAGACGGAAAACAGUAGUCGUAUGGAGGAUGGCGCCUCGCUAGUUGAUUAUGAGCAGAAAAUUGAAAUAAGUUGCUGAGAGAGCGAGAGAGUAAGAGAGAUUAUUUUUUUCGGGUUAGUUAAAAUAAAUUGUGUGUGACUUAGGCAAAACGGAUCAGUAAUAAUUUUAAGGAUCUUAUUUGUGAUGAAAAUGUAGACUAAAAAUGAAAGCUCUUUGUCGAUAGGUACGUACAUUUGAGUCAGUUCCGAUGACAGCUGUGUAUUAGUAGUACGUGGGAUGGGAAUCUUGUUAGUUUUCAGUUCUGCAAGGAUCUCUGGUGAUGAAUUCAGUACUUGGAUAAAAAUUUAAACGGCCCAUGCAACGAA